AUGGGCGAUGGCUUGGUGCAGAAUGCACCUCACCUCCUGCAGAAUCCGGAGGUCGACUACAAGGUGGUUAUACCCACUCUCGGGAGGUGGAGGCCCGCAUCGGAGGUGAACCCAUCGGACCGAAGCCUGCGCGACAUCACCCGACCCUUCAUUUUGGAGAGGACGCUGCAGCUCCUGUCCCGGCAUGGAAUCCCCAAGGAACGGGUGCGGCUGUUCGUGGCGAGCCAGGAGGAGGCCAAGCAGUACUGCAAAGCACUGCAUGGCACCAGCUGGGAGGGAACCUCCCUGGUUGUUGGAGUUCCCGGCAUCAUGGAGCAGAGGAACUACAUCGUCAACUCUUUCAAAGAGGGUGAGUAUAUUGUGAGCAUCGAUGAUGACGUGAGCGACAUCAUCUGGAAAUCACGACCAGGUUGUCAGUCGAGCGCACUCAUUUCGCUGCCAGAUGGCGCUUUGAAAAACUUGAUUUCUGAUGCGUUCCAGCGGAUGACGACACACCGCGCGUUUAUUUGUGGACUCAGCACAUCCAAGAAUGCCCUGAACAUGAGCAUCGAAGGAUUGUCACAGAGGAACGGGGAGAUCAAUGGCUUCCUUUACUUCUUCAUCAACCGCCACGACAAGGACUUGUUGCCGACGGUGGCCAAUGCUACUGAGGAUGCGGAGCGCUCCCUGAGAUACUUCAGGAAGGACGGCCGCGUCCUGAGGUACCGCAUGUACGCUGGGGAAACCCGGUGCUUCCAGAACCUGGCUGGGCUGCAGUCUUUGUAUGAGAGCAAUGCUCGGCGCAAGCAGGAGGAGCGGGAGGCUGCGCAGAAGCUGCGCCAGCUUUUCGGCGACCUGACACAUGCUCCCAAGAACAAGAAGACGGUCAAAACACUGGAAAUCCAAUUUCGGCGCACAGGAGGCCCUGUCAUACCAUCUACGACGAUAGAACUGUCUCAGCUCAACAUUAAGGCGGAGAAGGCGGCCCAGCCUGGAACGCGCCGGCCUGCCGCGGAUGCUGCGGAUGCUUUGGAUGCUUUGGAUGCCACUGCCGAUGUUCCGGGCGAGGCCCCAAAUGAUGCGCUCUUGGGGGCGCCUGCGGAGGAACUGAAGCCCAAAGAGGCGGAGGAGGGGACCAGGGGGCAACUUGCUUCUGCUGAUGUUGUGCUCAAACCUCCUCCCGACGCACCCAAUGUACCCGAUGCAACCGGUGCAUCUGUUGAGCCGAAAAGCCUGCUUCCUCCUGGUGUCCCCGCAGUGCCUGCAAGGCUUGACGUGGUUUCAGAUUUUGAUGGCAUCCAGGUGCUGAGUGAUGACAGCGAGUCGUCAGACAGCGAGUCGCCAGACAGUGAUGAGGCCAGCGAGGCAGAGAUUAACGACGAGGACGACCAACUGCUGCGUGCGCUGGCGGCCUCGCUUCAAGAGUCAGAUGAGCGCGCGCGACUCCCUUUCAGCUCCAUCAAUGGCAUCAAUGGAAUCAAUGGAGAGAGCCAAGACCCUUUGGCAGCGGCGCUGGAAGCAUCCCGGUUAUCGUUCGAGCAGGAGAGCCAGGAGCUCCAGGAGCGCCAGGAGCGCCAGGAGCGCCAGGAGCACAGUGCCACUCAGACGAAGCGCAGCUUGCCCGAGACGGAGGUCGCCGCACACGAUUCUUUUCUCAAGAGGGCGCGCUUCUGCCAGACACUGUGUGCCAUGGGUUUCGAGUUGCCGCCUGAUGUGCUGAGCAACGUCUACCGGGACAGCGAAGGUGAACUGACCCUGGCAGUGGCGAUGCUCACCAGUGACGCAGUGUAG